AAUGAAAGCAUUCUUCAGUGCGGCCGGGUGACCAAUAACUUCUCUUCAUUCUGUGGUCCAUGUUUGACGCGUCAGCCAGGCGCGCCCACUGCACAUCUAGCUCCUCUGUACCCUGCGCGAAGCUGAGUUUUGGAUGGACUCACGGAAAGACAACACAUGCCGCAGAAAUAGUUUUGCAGCGGAGUGUGGAAGUCACGGACGAGGCCCAGCAAAAAGGAGCUUAACGCCUAAAAGUUAGCAGUCACGUUCAUCCGGGAGCUGACGGCGUUUUUUCUCGUUAUAGCCUUCUAAUGAAAGGGAGCGCUGGACCUGUAGGGUUUCACAGGACACACCCAGUCUUGACUUCAACACUUCAACACAGGAACUGAACAAUCAGAAAAAAGGACAGGACAGAUAACUGAAUCCUUCUGGGGAACAGCCUGGCAUAAUCACAGAGAGUACAGCUUUACCACAGAGGUGACAUCCUUGCAACAAUGGGUGACUCUGGCGAGGACUAUGAAAACUACACCUAUGAAUACUACAUGGAGUACGGUGACUUGGAGGAACUUAAAGUAGACCACAAACAGAGGGAAACUAUGCAUAUUUUCUCAGUGGUCAUCUAUAUUAUUUCCUUUGUGCUUGGUCUGAUUGGAAAUGGAACUGUCAUUUGGGUGACAGCGUUUAAAAGCAAAAAGACAGUUAACAGUGUUUGGUUGCUCAAUCUAGCCAUGGCAGACUUUGUAUUUGUGCUUUUUCUACCCUUCUCCAUUGAUUACAUACUGCAGGACUUCCAUUGGGACUUUGGUACGGUCAUGUGUAAGCUUAACUCGUUUGUGUCUGUGAUGAACAUGUAUGCCAGCGUGCUCUUUCUCACAGUGCUCAGUAUAGACAGAUAUGUUUCUCUGGUCCACCUCAACUGGUGUCAGAAGUAUCGCACUAAAGAGAGAGCCUGGGUUGUAUGUGGAUUUAUAUGGGUGCUGGCUGCUGCCACGAGCUGUCCUGCACUGAUUUUUCGUGACACCAUUCGCUUACAUGACAAGGUGGUGUGCUUCAACAACUUCCACACACAGGACGCACAUACAGCAGCCAUGAGACACAUUAUGACAGUAGUCAUUCGUACCACUGUGGGCUUCCUUUUGCCUUUUACUGCCAUAUGUGUGACGGGUAUACUUCUGACAAUCAAAGUGAAUCAAUCUGGGGGCUUGGUUCGGCUGUCCAGCUUCUCCAAAACAGUAUCUGCAGUAAUUCUGGCCUUCUUUUUUUGCUGGGCACCUUUUCAUACUUUUAGCUUGAUGGAGUUAUCCAUACAUUCCUCAUUAUACCUACACAACAUACUGAAAGCUGGCUUUCCUCUUGCCACCAGCUUAGGCUUUUUUAACAGCUGCAUUAACCCCCUCCUGUAUAUGCUCCUGAGCAAAAAAGUGCGUCAUAUCCUGAAGCGUGCAUGCCUGGACAUUACUAAGAGUUCACUUAGAGAGCUCAGCCAGUCAAUCUCUGCCACUGAGAUGGAAUCUGUGCCAGAAGUUCAACGGGACAGUGUCCCAGAGGAGCCUGUGGAGUCGUCAGUUCUAUGAUUACAACUAUCCCCAGACUCUAGAAGUUGUCUAUGAAAAACAUGAAAGUAAGACUGGCUAUUACUUUUAGCGUAAAUGUGGCAGAUUAUCAUAGCUGUUCUUUCCAGCCAUAGUGUUAAGAUUUUCCUAUUUUCUGUCAUUUGGACAGAGUUACGUGUCAUAAUUCUCAAUGGAAGAGCUAAGUUGAACUAGAGAUAGUAUCUUUUCACUUAGUUUCCAUUUACAUAACUUAAAUGAUUUACAGAGAAAGUAGUCUAUCGAUUACAUUUCAUUUAUGGGAUAGAUCUGUUCCACUGAAUGUCCCUAAUUUUCAGACGGAUGUCCCUCACCUUCUGCUUUCUUUGUGUUGGUAUUAUAAACUUUGGUUGAUUCAGGAAACAUCCUCAGAGCUAGAACCAAAAUUCAAAUUACUUUUAUCUUUCUUUAAUCACACAUUCUUCAGUCAUUUUAAUUCAAGAGUUCGCCUGCCUACAUGCACAUGUUCCACCAAAACAAGUACCUUCCCGAGGCUAUUUUGCAGAGGCACCGUUGAUCCGUCUGGCGCUUAGCAGCGCCCAUGACGAUUGUGAUUGGUUUAAACAACCAACCAGAGCAUGUUUUUUUAUUCAGGAAUUUUGUGUGGACUAGCCAGACAUUCCUCCGCAGUGCUGUGGAGAUAGGUCUGCCAUUGCAAGACUACAGAGAAAGAGGCAAUGAAAUCUAAUUAGUUGAUCAACAGAAAAUGUAUCAGCAAGUAUUUUGAGUAAUUCAUUGUUUAAAUAAUAAAAAAAAAAUCUCAAGCAUUCUCUGGUUCCAGCUUCUAAAUUGUAAGAAUUUGCUGCUUGAAUGAAUUGGUCUUUCCAUGAUAGUAAACUGUGUUUUUCACUAUUUUCUGUCCUUUUAUAGGCUAAGAAAACCAUACAGAUUAAUCCAUAGUAAAAGUAAUCAUUAGUUGCAGUCUUAUAUCAAAUGCAUCUUAACUAUUUACUGAAUUUGUUAUUGUUCUCUUGAGGCCAGACAUCUUUGGUUCUUCAAAAUGAACAUUAUUAUGUUUUAUACCGUUCUAUACUGCUAGUCACAUAUCAAUGUAUUGUAAGAUUUUUUAACUAUAGAGUUGUAUAAAUGUUUUAAUCUAAUAUAUUUCAAGUACAUUGUCUUUAUAUAUUUCUUUUUGAACACCUGCUGUACUUUGUUGAAUACUUUCUUCAUAUUGUUUGACUUAAUGUUAGAAGAGUCUGUCAUUAAAAAGUAGGAUGAUGUUUUAGAUUAAAGCCUGACGUAAAUCCAGAUGUGCAUUUCCUCCCGUUUCCUGAAGGUCUGUUUAUCAGCCUUUUCCUGUUAUUUGUUUCUAGUGAACUCUAAAAGGAUUACAUCACUGUUAGGUUAAGAGAUAGAGUACCAUCCUGCCUG